CUCUCUAUCGCUCGCUCUCUCUGUCAAUUUCUGACUCCGUGCGUCUCUAUGUGUCUAUAGUGUCUCCACAGUGUCAUUUUGAAGUCAGACAGAGCUGCGUGUGGGGACUACACCGACACAGCCAGUCACCAUCAAGUGAGGACAGGAAAAAGAAAGAAAGAAAAAAGGGGAGAGUGGGGUAAAAGACAGAAAAGAGCGCUACCUAAAAACCACAUGGGCAGAACACUUAGUACCCAGCUGGAUUUAAGAUAAGAAGAAGCGCAGACUUGAAUUAAUAGAGGGAGAAGACGCGUUCAACUGCAGCGACCGGGAACAUUUUUAUACGUAUUAUAUACAAAAAAAAAAAAAAAAAAGGCGGAUCACCAGAUAAUUGUUAUUGUGUGAUGCCCUUAAAGCAGCAAUGACCACAGAUCAGUUUUUGCCCAUGGACGAAAAGUCAGCAACAGCUGUCUUUGCUGCGAAUGGUAUUGACAUAACACCAAGAAAAGAUCAGGGAGUUUUCAAGGUUGUGAAGCGUCAGGGACUCGAUGGGGACCGGCCAAUGAUUGGGGACAAAGUGACCGUACACUACACUGGAAAACUGCUUACUGGGAAGAAAUUUGAUUGCAGCUGGGAACGGAAGGAGCCUUUUUGCUUUAAUGUAGGAAAAGGACAAGUCCUGAAAGCAUGGGACAUUGGUGUGUUGUCCAUGCAGAGAGGAGAGGUGUGCACCCUGCUCUGUAAACCAGAUUAUGCCUACGGACCGACUGGAAAUCCAGACAAAAUUCCUCCCAACUCUUUAGUAGUAUUUGAGAUGGAGCUGCUUAACUUUGAAGGAGAGAUACUUACAGCUGAUGGCGGCAUUAUGAGGAGAAUAAAGGUCAAAGGGGAAGGUUACAGUAAUCCUAACGAUGGAGCGAGCGUCGAUGUGCACCUGGAGGGACGCUGUGGGGACCGGUUGUUUGACUGCAGGGACGUUGGCUUUAUUGUUGGUCAAGGUGAAGACAAAGGCAUUCCUCUGGGGGUGGACCGAGCGAUGGACAAGAUGCAGAGAGGAGAAUGUUGUUUACUUUACCUUAAACCAAAGUAUGGGUUUGGUAAUGAAGGCAAACCAGAGUACAAAGUUGGACCAGAUAAAGACAUUGUGUAUGAAGUUACUCUAAAAAACUUUAAAAGGGCUAAAGAAUCCUGGGAAAUGGACUUGAAUGAAAAGCUGGAUCUCGUCUCUGGAGUGAAAACUAAAGGGAAUCAGUAUUUUAAGGCGGGACGGCACCACCAGGCAGUCAUCCAGUACCAGCGGAUCAUUUCCUGGCUGGAGUUGGAGUGUGGUACUGGGAUGGAGCAGCAUAAGAAGAUACAAGACUACGUUUUAACAGCUCACCUCAAUUUAGCACUAUGCUUCCUUCGGCUAAAAGAGUUCUCUCAAGCAGUGGACAACUGUAAUAAGGUAAUUGAGCACGAUGAGAGCAACGAGAAGGCUCUGUAUCGCCGAGGGGAAGCACGGCUUCUCCGCAACGAGUACAGCCUGGCCAUGGCAGACUUUCAGAAGGUCCUGGAAGUCAACCCCUUGAAUCGUGCUGCUCGCGCUCAGCUUUCCAGCUGCCAAAGCAAGAUGAAGGAACAUCAAGAGCAGGAAAAGAAGAUCUACGCCAACAUGUUCCAGAAAUUUGCGGAGAGGGACUCCAAGACUGGGAGAACGAAGAGGAGAAAGGAUGAGAGCAUGCGGAGCGGCAUGAACGGCGAAGUGGGCAUUAAACGAAGGCGACGAAGUCAGGACUGCCCAUCGUAGCAGGAACAUUUGAAAAAGGGAGAGGAGACAGCCUCCUGUCUCCAGGGAGCAGAGGCGGUGAAAAAGCUGAAUAAAAGCCUCUAAUCCGCACCUCUUCAACCCAAAAUCCAGCGGGACCAUUCCUGCAUAUAAAGCAGAGAGUGAGCUGAACAGCAUUUAUUUGUCACGUGUACUGUUGGACAGCCUGAACGUUCCUCCCUGUAGGGACAGUACUACAAAUAUCACAGAGUGAAUAUUGAUAUGAACACUUUUUUUGUCCAGUCUGUUAUUAGAAAAAACAAUACUUUCAUUUCUUCUUCAAAAACAAACAAACAAACAAAAAAACCACAAGAAUCCACCCUUUUUUUAAAAGUCAUUUGGCCACUGUGCUGACAUGUGCCUCCAUAGUGUGUUUCCAAGACCAGUCUUGCAGGUUUUCAGGCUUCUGACUUGGUAUUAGGCCUUUUUAGGGCAGCUGCAUGCGUGUAUCAUGUUUGGGAUUCAGACUUGAAGCGUUGCAAAAUUUUAAAAUGUGCAAUAUGAACUUUGGAUGAAAAAAAGGCAGAACCUGUUAUCUCAGUCGUGUUUAAAAAAAAAAAACACAAUAAAUUAUGUUUCACCCAACAACCUAGGUUAAGCUUGGGUUAAACGUGGAUAAAUAAUAGGGACAGCUCAUUUUUAAACAAUAAAGAUUUUAGAAAUUACAGAUCAAAAUAAAAAAAAAAAAGCACAAACAGAUGCCAAAAUGGUCCGAAAACGAAGAUCUGUAUUUUUAAGGCGUGGCAAAUUCCUGAUUGACAUUUGUCUGUAGAUAUUUUUUAAAAUGUGUCAACAGCUGAAAAGGAGUGAAAAUUGAGCACUUUGUUUUCCUAAACUUGUUUUGACAAUGAUAAUGCACUAAAAUUUAUAUGUCCAUGAUAAUAUCUUUUUAUUUUUUUAAUUUUAUAUACUUCACCUAUCAGAAAGUAUUACACAAAAGCCAAGUCUGGUACUGUGAUAAGUUCAACUAAAUGAGGACAAACUUCUGUGCGAGGUUUAAUGAAAGGCACUUAUUACAUUUUAAGCCACUUGCAGCUGCAAAUCUGUUAGUCUGAUGAAAACAACAAAAUACAGAAUAGAAGUGUAUUCUCUAAAACUUUAACAUCAUUUUAAAGUUUAUUUCAGUAAUUUAGUUUAGAAAUUGAAAGUCAAAGACAUUCAUAACACAGAAUGGUGUAUGUAAAGUGUUUGUCACUGGAUUUAAAGAUCACAGAUUACGUUGAUGAAAACCCAACAUCUUCAUCAGAAUAUUAGAAAAUUACAUUAGAUCAAUGGAAAAAUAUUUUCUAUGCGGAAAAUAUGGGACUAUCAAUCAAUCAAUCAAUCAAUCAAAUUUUUAGUCAGACCUCUUUUCGCACAGUGAAAUUUAACUCAAAGUCCUAAAAGGUAUGUGUAUGUACUUUACAGUGUACAGUAUACAAAAAGUCCCAGUCAGGGCUCCUUUAGCAUGAAGCCAUCAUGGUACAGAGGUGAUCAACCUGCGGCUCUGAGGUACUGAAGAAGACCGGCCAUCGGCUUAUGCGUUAUUGGGUGUGUCUCAUCUUCUUCUUGACAAACCUCCAUAUUUUCUGUCCAGCCUAUUCAAGCACAGCGAUGCCACUGUCAAAUAAGUAUUGGCCAUUUGGCAUGGUGCACAGGUGCCAAGUUCGGCUGAAAAAUGACAUCAGUGUCUCCUUAAAGCUUUUUAGCAGAAAUAAACAUGAAGUUCUUUGACUUUGGACUUGAGAAUAAACUGUGGACCAAACACCAGCAGAAGACAUGACUCCCAAAUCCUCUUCACUCAGGACAUUAAGCGACUUGGAUUCUGUGCCUCUCUGCUCUUCAUCCAGACUCUGGGACCUUGAUAUCCAAAUGACAUACUAAAUUUACUCUUAUUUAAGUAUAUGACUUUGGACCACUGACGACUAUCCAGUCUUUUUUCUUAUUACCCCAGAUAAGAUACUUCUGGCAUCUGUGUUUCAGGAGUAGCUUGACAUAAUGAAUGCAGCAGUUAGAGCUCAUUUCCUGGAUAUAUUCUGUGUGUGGUGGCUUUUAAAACUUUGACUCCAGCCACUUCAUGCUUUGUGAAUACCCUUGUCUGGGCUUUUCUUGUGCACCUUUUGGCUGUUGCAGUUUUUCCUUCAACUCCACUUUCUUUUCUUUUAAUGUGCUUGGAUACAGCAGACUGUGAGGAGCCAGCUUUUUUAGCUGUGUUUUUCUGACCAACCCUCCUCUGUCAAUUAUUAUCUGAUGGAUGACUGUGGAGUUCAUAGUUGUUUCAUCAGUAUUUAGGCCACAACAUAACAUUUCUCUAUUAAAAAUGAUCUUUCUACUGACUUUAUGUAAUAUUCUAAGUUUCUUAUUAAGUUCUGAUUUGCUUUAAGUCACAAUCAUCUCAAUUAACAGAAAUAAGUGCUUUAAAUACAACACUGUGUUUAGUGAUUGUAGACAAUAUAUAAUUUAAAUUCUCUAGUUAAAUUAUUGAAGUAAAUAAACUUUUGGAUGAUGUCAUAGGUUUUUGAAAUGCACCCGUGUGUUAUGUUAUUAGUGAUGCAGUGGUUUAGCACUUAGACCUCGCACAGCAGGAAGAUUUAUCCUGCAGGACGCCCAAAGCCUUUCUGUGAGACGUUUAUUUCUUGUCAUCAGUUCACUCCCACAGUCCAAAGAUGUGCACAUUAGGUUAAUUGGUAAAACACAAUUUAGUUUUAACUUUGUGUUUUGUGUCAGAUAGAGUAGCUUGCAGUCCCAUCUCCUUCAAACCUAAAUUAUUGUUUACACUCUGGAGCUUUAAAUACAUUUAAAGAGUUAAACUGAACCCGUGUCCUCUGUAAAAAAUGGCACAAUGUGUUGGAAGGCUUAUAGUAACGAUGGAACCCGAAACAAAAGGACAUCACCUCUACCUUUGUAUUUGGCUUCUUCUUCGUCUGUGUGGGAAACUUUGGAAUCAUCACAAAUUUCUUUAAUUUAUUUUUCUAGUGAUAUGAAUUAUUAUUUUUUGCCUCAGCUCCGAAAAUGUUUUUUCUUACUUCAUACUCAAUCCAUUUUUUUUUAAAACAAAAAAGAAAAGAAAAAGUGUGUUAAUGUUUGUGUAAAGGGCAAUAUUGCACUUUGGUGUCUGUCCAAACAACACUGUCAUUUUUGUAUGUCAUGUCCAAAUGUCUCUGGACAAUAAUAUUGAGAUGUUUUAGAAACAUUUGGCUGGUUCAGAAUGAAAACCUUAGCUGUCUUAAAGAUUUUGCAUAAAAAACAAACAAACAAAAAAAAACACAGUGACAACAUUGUGUUUGUGUGUCUGUAUAUAUUAUUGUAUCUUGACAAGGUUUCUAAACAGCUUGUUGCUAAAUGUUUUCAAGUGCUGCUGCCUCUAAAUAUUCAAAUAUUUUGUAUAGUGAAAAUGAGCAUGAAGUACUUUUUCCUAGCCGUUUUAAUUUGUAGACUAGGAUUUACAGGCCAUUUUACCAACUUGCAACUAAAAGUAAAAUAUUUCAGGCUUCUUUUUUGUCACCUUUUGGUUAAUUUUAAUCAAAGAUUCUACAUGUGAAAUAAAUUUAAAAAAAAAAACUGUAGAGAAAAAGCAGCUGGGUAUACUGCAGUGUGUCUGAUGUGUGAUAGGAUUUAUCAAAACUGUUGAGGCUUUUCUGUCACAAAAUGUGUUUACAUGUACUGAAAUGAUCAUUGUCUUGUAAAGAAAUGAUCCAUGUUUUGAAUCGGCAUUUAUGCAAAAGAAAUAUUUUCUGACUAAAUGUG